UUUCUGUAUCAAAUACACCGUAACAGCGCCUCAUACUUCACAACAUAUGAGGCACAUGUCGGGUGAGAAUACAAUCACGUUGGCCUCGGUAGCCAUAGAGGUCUUUAAAAAAUGGAGUGUAGUACGAAACCAUCUGAUGCACCUCACAUUGAGUGUGAAAACGCUCAAAACAGUGCAAGUAUGGAAUCAAGUGUGCCCAACAGCAUCGACCAGACACACAAAUCGAAUCCGAAGUUACGUGCGGCGGUGUGUCGUAACGGGAUGAUAACGUUUUUUCAUCAGCACGCAUCGGAAGACCAGAUGACGGAAGAAAAUACGAUGCCGGUACGCAAUUUACGCAAUGAUGCGACACAUAGGGAAGGUCCAUGGGCAAUUUGGCAACGUAUUCUCUCUACCAGGGUUUUCAGCAGUCAUGACUUUCAGAUCCUAAAUCGUUAUCUGUUUGUUUCCAAUAUACUUUGCAACGGUCUAACCUAUGGCGUGUUGUUUGGCGUUUGCUUCAUCGAGACGAGUACCAACAUUAACAACGACUACCAGAAAACGGUGGUUUUAAUUUGUUCCCUCUGUGCUGUGUCAGUUUUAUUUCUCCAGCUGAUGUGUACAGCCAUAUACAUGCUGUACAAGCGCGACCACUACUUUGUGAGAAGUCGUGGGGUUGUCUACAUAGCAACCAUAGCAAUAUGUGCGUGGCUGAUCGGAGUUUUCCACGCGUGGAUGACAUUUGUUUAUCUGGGGUUUUUCCAUCAACCUAACUGGUUGAUGAUCAUUGACGCCUGUGCGUCACAAGCCUUCGUGCUAGGAAUUCUGGGCGCAAUGUCCGCACAUCAACGCUUAGUUUACUUUUUAUGCAAAAAAUAUAUUUACCGUGACGAUAUACCAAAACACUUAUUCAUCAGUACAUUCACCCUUGCCGUGUUGUGGGAUAUGCUCGUGGUAGCAGCACUUGCAGUGAUAGCGAUUUUUAAUCGACCGAACUGCAGGGCAUACCUGGACACAAUCGCGGUGGUCGGCAUUCAUUUUGCGUUAUUCUGGUUGAUGAAAUACUCGAUUAAAUCACGCUCGAUUAGACCGGCAUAUUCCGAUGCUGGCUCAAACAUUGUGCUGUCGGUCGUCAUCAGCGCAGUAUCUGUCACUGUGUACAUACUUCAACAGACAGUUUUGCAUAAUACUGCCAUGUGCCGCUUUAAGGCGGCCAAGCAUUAUCCGCUUCCAGGCAUGUAUCUGCGGUUCUAUUCUGAACUAUUUUGCAGCAGCAUUGCAGUCGUACAACUCUUUGGUCUUAUCGCUGUUGUAGUGUAUUUUGAAUUGGAGCCCACCAGAGACAUGGACCCACGCCAAUCAGCAUUGACAAAUAUAUGGACGAGGAAUAGCAGGAUUAUGGUGUCCGUGGGGAUUGCUGUCGGAACACAACCUACGCCACCGGAAGCGGGACAAACAAGCGAGCAAGCUAUCAACUUGAGAACCCGUACCUGA